AUGGAGAAGGACACCACGGCCAACCACAUUCUGGCCUCCGUCAAAGAGCAGGAGCUCCAGUUUGAGCGGCUAACCCGGGAGCUGGAGGUGGAGCGGCAGAUUGUGGCAAAUCAGCUGGAAAGAUGCCGACUCGGGGCAGAAUCGCCGGACGCAGCGAGCAGCAGUUCGUCUGACAAGUCCCUGCCAUGGAGAGUACCAGAUGCCUCCACCUCAGGAGAAGCCAAAUCUCGAAUGACUGACAGUUUGCAGUCGCCUAGCUACCGCAUCAGGACCGAGUCAGAGCAGGUGUCUCUGUACUCCCCUGAGCAGACUUCUCUCCAUGAAAGUGAGGGGUCUGUGGGGAAUUCUCGGAGCUCCACUCAAAUGAACUCUUACUCGGACAGCGGCUACCAGGAUGCCAGCAGUGGAUACCACAGCAGCCAGACCCUCGGCAAGGCGGAGCUCCGAAUACAACAUUCCUUCUCUGGCACUGGCACUGGGACGGGCCGGAGUGCCAGGGCGGAGGGCCAGACAGCACAGGUCUCGGUGGUCACCACAGCUGUUCCGGGCCGGGCCAUGCGCCGGGUUAGCUCCGUGCCUACUCGCUCUCACAACGCGGCCUACACCAGCCCGUCCCGCGGCUCCUCGUUGCGCGCCUCCGUCAACAGCCCCUACAGCUCUCCUGUUGUCACCGAGCCCAAACCUUUAUCCAGCAUCUUCUCCUCCACGCUACCCACAGUGCAACGCUCCAAUACCACCUGCACAGGCUCCUCUCCUUACUCCACGCAGAAAAACUCCCCCUCCGGACUGCGGCGCGUGGGAUCGGCCAACUCCAGAUCGGGCAGCCGCACCACCUCUCCGUACCAAGUGUCCGGGUCGAGUUCUGGGCGUAUGGGUUCGCCACUAACUAUGGCGGAUAAUGUGAACGCGCCACUCACAAAGCAGCCCGGUCAUUCGUCGUCUCCGGUCAGGACUAGCAUGACGGCGGUCCCCCAGCACUACAGCUCCACGUUGCCGCGUUCCAUGCUCCACAGCACAGACCCCUACGGCCCCCAGAGUUAUGACAUUUACGAGAGGAUGACGCGGCCCGACAGCCUCACAGGAAUGCGAAACUCGUACGCCAGUCAGCACAGCCCACUGGGUCAGGAAUUACGAUCGACCAUUUCCCCGGAUCGCCACAUCGCACCGAUAUACGAGGACCGCACGUACCACGGGCCGUUAUACCGGAGCCCCACCCAGCCAGGGCCCCUAUACAGGAGUGCAUCAGGUGUGGGUAGCUUGCAGAGGACAUCCAGCCAGCGCAGUGCUAUGACUUACCAAAGAAGCAACUACGCGCUCAACAGCACGCCAACCUACGCUGAUCCAUAUCGGACGCAAUCACAGUACCGUGCUCUGGAUUCAAGCUACGCACGGCAGGCGGUUAUCAUGGAUGACGAUCCCACUCGCUCUCCUUCUAUAGACAGCAUUCAGAAAGAUCCCAGGGAGUUUGCGUGGAGGGACCCGGAGCUGACGGAGGUGAUCCACAUGCUCCAGCACCACUUCCCUUCGGUACAAGCCAACGCCGCGGCCUUCCUGCAGCACCUUUGCUACGGGGACAACAGGGUGAAGACUGAGGUUUGUCGGCUUGGUGGCAUUAAACAUUUGGUGGACCUGUUGGACCAUAAAGUUCUGGAAGUGCAGAAAAACGCAUGUGGAGCCCUACGGAAUCUUGUUUACGGCAAAGUUAUGGACGAGAACAAAGUCGCUGUGAGGAACGCCGGCGGGAUUCCGGCUCUGCUCCGAUUACUAAGGAAAACUGUGGACGCGGAGGUGCGAGAACUUGUAACAGGGGUGCUGUGGAACCUGUCCUCGUGCGACGCUGUCAAAAUGACAAUCAUCCGAGACGCCUUAAACCCGCUGACCAACACUGUGAUCAUCCCACACUCAGGCUGGAGCAGCAGCACCUUCGACGAUGACCACAAGCUCAAGUUCCACUCCUCGCUGGUGCUGAGGAACACCACAGGCUGUCUGAGGAACCUGAGUUCGGCUGGAGAGGAGGCCAGAAAACAGAUGCGCACUUGUGAAGGGCUGGUGGACUCGUUACUCUACGUCAUCAAAGCCUGUGUCAACACGUCGGACUUUGACAGCAAGAUCGUGGAGAACUGCAUCUGCACUUUGAGGAACCUGUCGUAUCGCCUGGAGCUGGAGAUUCCCCCAUCGCGAAUGAUGGGGGGCAACGAGGUGGACGGGCUGUUGGGCAGUGAGUCCGCCAACAAAGAGGAGGACUCCAGCUGCUGGGGACGCAAGAAGAAAAAGAAAAAGAACCCCCAAGAAGACACGUGGGACGGUGUAGGGCCUAUUCCCGGCUUCUCUAAAUCUCCCAAGGGUGCAGAGAUGUUGUGGCACCCGGCUGUGGUUAAGCCUUACCUCACGUUACUGGCCGAGAGCUCAAAUCCUGCCACUUUAGAAGGAGCGGCUGGGUCUCUUCAAAACCUAUCAGCGGGCAACUGGAAGUUUGCGGCGUACAUCCGAGCUGCAGUGCGGAAGGAAAAAGGACUGCCCAUUCUGGUGGAGCUGUUGCGGAUGGAUAACGACCGUGUGGUGUGCUCGGUUGCCACGGCGCUCAGAAACAUGGCGCUGGACGUUAGGAACAAGGAACUCAUUGGUAAAUACGCCAUGAGGGACUUGGUAAACCGGCUUCCCGGGGGGAACACCACACUGCUUUCAGAUGAGACGGUCGCAGCCAUCUGCUGCACUCUGCACGAGGUCACCAGUAAAAACAUGGAGAACGCCAAAGCCCUGGCCGACACGGGGGGCAUUGAGAAGCUGGUCAACAUCACCAAAGGCCGAGGGGACAGGUCUUCUGUGAAGGUGGUUAAAGCGGCAGCUCAGGUCCUCAAUACAUUGUGGCAGUAUCGGGAUCUACGGACCAUCUACAAGAAGGACGGCUGGACGCAGAACCACUUCCUCACUCCAGUCUCCACACUGGAAAGGGACCGGUUCAAGUCCCAGCCUGCGCUCCCCACCACCAACACAAUCCAGAUCUCCCCCGUCAACCACCCGGCUGCCAGCGCCACAUCGUCUCCUGCCAUGUUGGGCAUCAAAGAGAGAAGGGACCACCAGAGGGCGCAGUCUACUAUGCAAUUUUAUAGUAACCAAGGCGACAACAGUGUUCAUAAGAGCCAGUACACAGGGUCUGGGAAGCCUUCACCGUAUUACUACCCCUCACCGACAAGAGAAGAGCCGAGAAGAACACAACCCGUGUAUUACGCAGACGACCCGAGCAGGAGGAACUACGACACCUACAGAAUGUACCUGCAGCAUCCGCACGGCUACGAGGACGUGUACGCGGACGACGUCAUCACGUACCCCGCGCCCGCCGCAGACUACAGCUCGCACGCGCACAAACCAAACUACGUGGACUUCUACGCCAGCACGCGGCGGCCAUCUUACAGGGCAGAGCAGUACCCGGGCUCGCCAGACUCCUGGGUAUAG